AUGCCUCGUAGUCGAAGUAAAAGUCCAAGAGAACGAUUUGAUCGCAGAUAUCGUGGCGGUACUAGUCGCAAUAUAGAAUCAAGACGAAGACGUUCACGUUCACGAUCACCCAUUCGAGAAUAUGAUCGAGAUCGUCGAGAUCGUAAUCAACGACAACGUACAAAAUCGCGUUCAACAUCACCAAAAGCAUUUCGCGGUGAAGCAUUUGGAAAUAAAUUAGUUCGAUCAUCAGAUAAAAAAAGUGAAAGAUAUGAACCACCGAAAAGAAUAUUUGAUCCAUCGGAAUUACAAGGAAAAACUGAAGACGAAAUUGAAAUGAUGAAAACAAUGGGAUUUGCCACAUUUGAUACGACGAAGGGUAAACAUACGGAAGGAUCAACAAAUGCAUGGGGAGCUAACAUACAACAAAAACGGCGUUACAGACAAUAUAUGAAUCGAAAAGGUGGUUUCAAUCGUCCAUUAGAUCCUAUUGCGUGA